CGACUCUCUCGGUGGCCAACUCACGCCGGAUAUCAAAACGCAGCAACAGCGCCACCUCCUUCAUCCCGUUUAUCCAUUCCAACUACAUUUCAAUUAAAUGGAAGAACUCGGAAUUUUCCCCAGCGCGUCAGCGCCCAAGCUACAGAUCCCUCUGAGUGCACUCAGCAAGGUCGCGGAGCCAGCCAAAAACGCGGAUGCAUACCUCCAGUUAAAAAAGUUGGAGAAGGAGUUGGAGUUAUUGUUAUUGCAGGAGGAUUACAUCAAGGAUGAACAGCGCCACUUGAAGCGCGAGUUGAUCCGCGCCCAAGAGGAGGUCAAGCGGAUCCAAUCGGUGCCAUUGGUCAUCGGGCAGUUCUUGGAACCGAUCGACCAGCAUACCGGCAUUGUGUCGUCCACCACGGGCUCCACGUACGUGGUGCGAAUCUUGUCAACUUUGGACCGCGAAUUAUUGAAGCCGUCCUCGUCCGUAGCGUUGCACCGUCACUCGAACGCGUUGGUUGACAUCUUGCCCCCUGAGGCGGACUCCUCCAUCGCCAUUGUGGGCGAGGAUGAGAAGCCAGAUGUGACCUAUGCAGACGUGGGUGGUUUGGACAUGCAGAAGCAGGAGAUCAGAGAGGCCGUGGAGUUGCCAUUGACCCAGGCGGACUUGUACAAGCAGAUCGGUAUCGACCCUCCUAGGGGUGUGUUGUUGUACGGCCCACCCGGUACCGGGAAGACGAUGUUGGUCAAAGCUGUAGCCAACAGCUCGACCGCCUCCUUCAUCAGAGUUGUGGGGUCCGAGUUCGUGCAGAAGUAUCUCGGGGAGGGGCCGCGAAUGGUCAGAGAUGUGUUCCGAUUGGCGCGAGAGAACGCCCCGUCGAUCAUCUUCAUUGACGAGAUCGAUGCAAUCGCCACGAAGCGUUUCGACGCUCAGACUGGUGCCGACAGAGAGGUGCAACGUAUCUUGUUGGAGUUGUUGAACCAGAUGGAUGGGUUUGACCAGACAUCCAGUGUCAAAGUCAUCAUGGCUACCAACAGAGCUGACACCUUGGACCCGGCGUUGUUGAGACCCGGCAGGUUGGACAGAAAGAUCGAGUUCCCAUCGUUAAAGGAUAGAAGAGAAAGGCGCUUGAUCUUCGCCACCAUUGCCGCCAAGAUGUCCUUGGCUCCGGAGGUUGACUUGGACUCAUUGGUCUUGCGCAAUGAGCCUUUGUCUGGGGCCGUUAUUGCUGCCAUCAUGCAAGAGGCCGGAUUGCGUGCCGUCAGAAAGAACCGGUACGUUAUCAUUCAGAGCGACUUGGAGGAGGCCUACACGUCCCAGGUCAAGGUCGGUUCCGACGUCGAUAAGUUUGAGUUUUACAAGUAGAGGGAC